AUGUCAGCCUCGAUGCAGCCAAUCCAAGCCACUAACGCUGGAACUCCUUACCUCGCCGCAUUGUAUCCUCCACAUCGCCCUACAUUUCUCACUGCCUCCUUUUCUCCCUCACGACAGCGCACAUCUCCUUCAACCCUCGACCGCACGGGAUUGAAUGGAAUCGUCGCAUCGCUGUCUGCAUCUCCAGCCCACCACCAACACUCGCUUCCCACGCGAGUCCUGCCCACGCCAGCCAUGACAUUCCUGUCCAAUAACCAGACACGGGCGCGGUUACCAUGGAUAGCAGCGCUCUGCGGGCUCUUCCUGAUAUGGUCGCUGGUAUCUCUGGGAGUGAAUCUGAAGCCAUUCACAAUCACUCUAGAUGAACAACCUCUAGACCACCUCGGACAGCCAGACAAGAACAUCGGACCAAUUCCCAUCGCGAAACCGUCUCCUCCCAAAUAUCCCGCCUUCGAGGACCAAGCACUGAACGCCAAUGACACGAACUACGUCUCGGAGCGGCCACUGAUUCUCUACGCAUAUUUCGAGACGGAACUCGCGCGGAAGAAUUUACAGUUCUAUAUCAAGCACGCGCUGCACAAUGCUGCAGACUUCCUAUUCAUCUUCAAUGGCGACACGGACGCCGAUAAAUUGCUGCCCGAGGCGGGGAACAUCCGAUCGAUACAUCGCGAGAAUAAGUGCUAUGACCUCGGGGCCUUUGCAGAGGUUUUGACGACGAAUGAUCUGUACAAGAAGUACAAGCGGUACAUCACCAUGAAUGCCAGUAUUCGGGGACCAUUUCUACCAUACUGGUCGCAGGGUUGUUGGAGUGAUAUGUAUUUGAGCAAGAUCACUGCAGAUACGAAGCUUGUGGGAAUGACCAUGAACUGCAACAUCCGCAACCACAUCCAAUCCAUGAUCUGGGCCUACGACCGCACCACCAUCGAGAUCCUCCUCUUCCCCUCCGCCGACCUCGUCAAGAAAUACAAAGAGAUCCUCGGGCCCUACGUCCUCGACCCCGUCACCCCCGUCCCCGCCAUGACAAGCCCAGGAAUCAACUCCUGCCCGCACGAAUACUGGGACGCGGUCGCCAUCGAGGUAUAUGCGACGGGUUUGAUCCAGGCCGCGGGGUACAAGGUCGAUGCGAUGAUGUUUGCGUUCCAUAGUAGUGAGGAUUACGAGGAGACGUGUAAGGUGAAUGGGGAUGUGUUGGUGCAUGAGAAGUAUUAUGGUAUGGAUCUGCAUCCGUAUGAUACGGUGUUUGCGAAGACGAAUAGGGGGAUUGGGCCGUUGGUUCUGGAGAGGUUGACGGAUUGGACGGAUGGGAAUGGGUAUACGAGUUAUGAUCGAUGCCAUAUCUGA